ACAUGAGUGAUGUCCCUUGGAUUAAUGUUGUGAUGGCGAAGUCAACCAAAGAAGAAGCAGAACUUUUAGUUUUGGUUUGUUAUUUCAUAUUCAUACACUAUUAUAAAAGAGGGUAAUCUACCACUUGAGCGUCGGCCAAGAAGAAAUCCAGCUCUUCCGGUUGGAAGGGCUAUUUAAACAACUAUCCUUAUUUUAUUUUUAUUGACAUUUGUCAUUUGUUUUACGUAUUAAUUCCCAUGCCCAUAAUAAUAGACACUUCUAAAAAAAAAAAAAUUAAAAUAGAAAAAACUAUAACAAUUUUUUUGAAAUAGAAGAUAAUGUGUAAAAAUGGAUUUAUGCAUAGUUCUCCCCCAAGUUGACAAUGAAGUUUAAAAAAAUAUAAUUCCCACGGUUGUGGGACAUGAAUCCAUGUAAAUAUGAAGGGGAAAGAUCACUGGCGCUUCUUGUGCCAUACUGUCUUUUCAGUCUUUUCAUUUUACGCUUUCUGAGCAUUCAUGUUUUCCACACUCUGUGUGUGGACAUCCGCGUUAUCUGGAUAAAAAAUAUUAUUUGUUGUUUCUUUUUCUUCCUGGCAUAUUGGUAGCUUGGCAGUAAUAAUUAUUUAAAUGUAUUAGUAUUGUGCUAUAGGCUAUAUAACUUUAUAGCCUCUAUAUGGAAGCAAAAAUAUGAACAGACUCCAAUGUAAGAAUAGUUGUUUAAAUAGCCCUUCCAACCGGAACAACUGGAUUUUUUCUUGGCCCAUGAUCAAGUAGUAGAUUACCUAAAAGAGUAUACCCUAAUAGUCUCUCAAAUUUUUAUCAGAAAACAUUGAUUUAGAAUUAAAAGUAAAACUCACAAUUUUAUAAUGGGAGUGGCUUAGUCAAUUGUUUUGUCACAUGAUGAGAGUAAAUACGAGUAAGACUUCCGGGAAGCUGUAUGCAACACACUAGUGCUUGACAACUGUAGCCCGUUACUACAACUAGUAAUUCAAGAUGCCUAGGCAAUGUUCGGCUUUUGGCUGUUCAAACAGUAAAGUUAAGGACAGCGGUAUAAGUCUGCAUAAGUUUCCGCUUAAGGAUAAAGAAAAAUUUAAGACAAUGGCUUGACAAAGUGGAUUUUCGUUAAUUAUUCACAUGAAAUCGUGUUCCAACCGGUAAUAUAAUAUUCCUUCGCCGCACAAAUAUUGAAUAAACACGCAAAUGACGACAUGGAUAUGCUGACAUUUCGUCCAAUGAAAAUUAACAAUAAAAUAAACAAAGGGGAAUGACUCCUGCACAAAUAUUGAAUAAACACGCAAAUGACAUCAUGGGCACACACGGAGCUCAACAGCCUGCCGAUGAUAGUUCCCAUCGAAUAUCGAUCACAAAUUUUUCUUGAAAAGCUUUCUUCCUUUGAUCAUAACUGACGUAUAUUUAUUGUCACAUUUAUGUACUUCAUUUAAAAAACAUGUGUAUUCCAGAAUAUUUUGAAAGGUACAAUUUUUAAGUAACAUGAUAUUGAGAAAGCACUGAUGAAGACGAACAUUUUUCUUAAAAGUUAAUGGCAGAUCAGCUGCUUUCUAUUGUUGUGUGUAGCAGCCUAGUGAUGGCUUACUCUCAUCACGUGACCAAACAAGGAAUUACUAAGCGACUCCCAUUAAGCAACAGCCCUAGACUAGACUAGAAUUAGAAGACUCAAAACUUUAAAACCAAAAAAAAUAAAAUAAUUUCAGCCAGUCUUAACUGACUUAACUCAGUCUAUUAAUUUAAUUAAUAAUUGCGUUGCCAAUGUCGCAACUUUAUUGUAUAUUGUAUCCCUCUAGAUAUUUGACAAGAAGUCUCACCGACCUGCAGUCACUCCCACCUUAAAGUAAAAUAUGUGUACCACAGUUACACACUCAAAAAAUUGUAAAAAUGAUGAAAAACAAGUCAAAUUUUUAAAAAAAUAAUAAAAACCCAAGUUACAGUUUCACAGUAUACACUUUUACAGUGUAUUACACACUUAUUGCAGGUUCCAUCAAACAUAAAAUCCAAACAGUGUCAGAAAAAAUAAUUACCCAUUCCAUGAUACCGGAAAAAUUUAGUCUCAUUUUAAAUAUUGUUUAAAAUAUUAUAAUUAAUCACCCAUUGAAAUAUUAAUUUACAACAUUUCAUCAUAUUAAUAUUCUAAAAAAAAGAAAAAUUAACUCAAGUAACAUUCCAAGAAUAAACUAUAAACAAAAGGGAGAGAAUCCUAUACAGAAACUCCAAGUGGCAUUCUGAAUCAACAUAAGCCUAAUGCUGUUAGUAUUUAUUAUGUAAUAUCCCUGUACUGCAAACCUUAGUAAGGUUGAGUUUAUUAUAGUAGUAUAGUAUUUAUAGUAUACUAUAGUCAUCUCAAGGACUAGAGACUAGCCACUAGGCCCCCUCUCAUAGAAGGCAGGAGGGGGAAUAGGUUGCAGUUGGAGCAUUUGGUCAGAGUCCAAGCCUCGUAUUUUUAAAUUAAGAGUUCUCACAUUUACUUAUGGCAAUAUUGACUAGGUUAAAUCAUUAAUUAUACUAUUUUGUAAUAGGGCUUGUCAUUUAAUGGUGGAAAUCUAUUAAUAGAACUGAUGUCAUCAUUACUGACUAUCUGGAUACACAGCGCUGACAAAAUUUCAACACUGUUUAGUAUUACUAUGUUAGCGAAGUUUCCCUGAAACUUGUUUACAACUCUAUUUUACGAAAUAUUUUACACAUUUUUUUUUUACUUCCAUUUUCUGAAAUGGGACUUCAUUGCGCAUAUGGCACACGUAACAGUAACUCCAGAUACAAGGAUCAUCCGAACGAUAUGCUGAAACACACUAUAAGCUGCCAUGUUUUAAGCAAUAUUUGUCCGCUGACCUUCUAAAAAUAGUACGCUAUGACGUUUUACGGUCUGAGACAUGACAAAGCCUAUACAGAAUUAUACCUUGAGUGACAUCAUUUUCAUUUACAGAUAGAAUUUAAGCUUUAAUAUAAAAUGAAAUUUGUUACCAACCAAUUUCUGAUAUUAACAUUUUGGUACAAGACUAUCAAUAAAAGUUGUGAUUUAAACUGGGAAAGAAUAUCAAACCAACUGGGGCUAUGCUGCUAAGCAGCAAGUUUAAACUGGGAUUAUCCCAGUCAAACUGGGGAGUGUAAUAAACCUGACUAAAUCACUACACUGAAGCCUAUAGUAAGAGAACCCUAAAAUAGGAUAAUUCUUCUUCUGUCCCAUUUUUACACUUUAUCGGGAGAUAUAGUUGACAAUUGCUGCAAGGUGUGAGACCUGCUGGAGGUUCAUGUUACAGCAGGGUGUCCCUAAUACAGUAAAUCCACUGAUGGCGAGGUCUACCUCCGGUCAUAAAACCGGAAAAUAUGAUAAUUAUUAUGCCUAAUUACUAAUAGUAUUUAUAGUUAGGAGCUUCUCUAUAUUAAAUACUGUAUGUUACGGCCUACAUAAAGCAAACCACUUAAAAUUCAAAUCCUACAAUUUUUGUCUGAAAAAUCCCUAAAUGUCAUAUCCAUGUGUAAAGCAAUCUGUCAAUCUUGUUCCAUAAUAGUGCAAUACGAAUUAACAAAAGAAAUAGUUAUUUUCAAUAAAAUGUCAAAAUCUUUUAUAUUAUAAUAUUUAAAAUGAACUGUGGCCAUGCCGAUACAACUAUGCUUCUAUCUCUUCUAAAGGGUGCUACUACAUUACUUGUAUAAUGCCCAGAUAAUGAUUCAGUCGCAAAAUGCUAGUGGGCCACGGUGGGCCAUAAGUCGCAUAGGCAUAGGCAUUUGUAUAUAUCACUUACUGGUGAUAAAAAAAUUCGUUCAUAGGUAUAAUGCAAAUCCCUGUUAUUAAGUAUCAUUAUUUUUUACAAUAAAUUUCUUACAUUACACGGGGUAAUAUAUGAAUAUAUUAUGUUAAUUUGAACUUAAUGACUUGAGUAUGAAAAUUGGUAAGUGAAAACUGGUAUUACAAAUUAUUACCAUUGUUUCUGUAAAACAGCCUAAAUUUGUUGUGUAAUUAUCAAAGUAUAGUGGUUGUUCCAUUGCUUUGUCUAAUCUUUUUGUUAUUAAAUAUUUUUCUUAACAGAGAAAUGAGCUGAGCUGGUUGUUAAGAGAAGAGGUUAAUCCUGUUUUGCAAGAUAUUCGAGAAACCUUGCAGGUUAACGUUUAUUUUAGUUACAUAUUAUAUUUAAUUUUAUUUCACCUGACCGAAGCUAAUAAUAGGAAAGCAUUGUAAUAAAGAGUGGUGUCAAGAUAAGAUAAGAUUAAUCCAAAUAAAUUGCAGUGAUUUUUUUUUUAUUAUUACAAUGUACAUAACCAUUUUCAUCACAUAAAAAGAAUACACACUUUAAAUACAUUAAUGUCCAAUGUUAAGAGCAAAAUAAAAUUUGAAAAAAUUUGCGGAGAUUGAUAUUACAUAUUGAAAAAACAAUCCCUAUUAAAUAAUUAUUAACUGUUUCCCUCUGAUGUAAAUAAUAUGAUAGUAAUAAUAUGAUAGUAAUAAUAUGAUAGUAAUAAUAUGAUAGUAAUAAUAUGAUAGUAAUAAUAUGAUAGUAAUAAUAUGAUAGUAAUAAUAUGAUAGUAAUAAUAUGAUAGUAAUAAUAUGAUAGUUUUAAGUUUGCAUUUGGAUUUAUAGUGUGGAUUUAUUUUCCAGGAAUGCUAUGACUGUCUGCCUUUCCAUGGAACUGCAGGUAAAUGACAAGUGCUUAAUUGAUAUGUGCUCUUAGUUUCAAAGAAAAAGUUGCGCUCAUACGUUAAGGAAUUUAUGUGAUACAAGCAGGAAAGCACUGAACUUGAAAAGCUAUAGCAUAAAUUUAAAUGAUAGGUAAAUCUCAGGUUCCCAUGGUGAUCACAGUUUCACACGGUGGUCUUAGAUUCACUGUUACACACUGCCUUCUAUAGUGAGAAAUUAAUCUCUUGUUUAUGGCUCAUUCUAAACAGUGCAUAACAAAGGACAAUACCAUAUGAGAAAUACAAUAGCAAAAAUAUGACACUCAAAACAGUUGCUAAUUACAAUUAAUAAGAUUUAUUUAAGUAUCAAUAUAAUUACAAAAAUAAAAGAAAUAAAAUUAAAACUUUACAAUUUACAACUUGCAGAGUAUGGUAGGUCUUGUACCGGUACACAGUUGGUACAAAUGUGCCAAAAAAUAGGUGCAAUGAUGAAUAUGAAUUAAUACAUAUAAGUAAACACAAAAUAACACACUCUUGUCUCGUGAAGUCAAAAUCUCCUCUCAAUAUUGCUCUCUUCGCUUUUAUAGUCGGCUCUACCAAAAAUUUGGGGCGUAUUCCGGAUUGUACUAGUAACUAGAACAUUCCACGAUUUACUAUAAUUUUCUAAGGCCUUCGACUCAACCAAAACAGACGAUAGAUUAAUUUGUGGUAAACAAGAUCAAAUGAAAUAAGCCACACCCAAUACGAACGCAGCGUCUGCUAUUGAUCUCAGCAUGGGGGAAAUAUGACGUAAACACGUCCUACAUAACAUUUACAUGGUGUUCUCAGUUUCACAUGGUGAUGUAAGAUUUGCAAGGUGAUCUCAGGUUCACGUGGCCAUUUCAGGUUCACAUGGUGAUGACAGUUUUACAAGGGGUCUUAGAUUCACAUGGUUCACAUCCUGAUAUGUAACAAGUACAUCAUAAAUAGCUGAUUGUGCUAAAUUCAAAAUUGAUGUAACAAGUAUGUCAUUUUGAUUAUAACUAAUGGCUGAGGCCAGCUACAUACAAUAAAAAAAAAAGACCAAAAUAUUUCAGUCAGCAGAUUUUUAAGGUUUAUGUUUCUUUUUGGCAAUAAUAUGUGGACACUAGACUCAGCUGUUCAAAGGGUAAUGCAAUAUGUGAACACAAGACUCAGCUGUUCAAAGGGUAAUGCAACAUGUGAACACAAGACUCAGCUGUUCAAAGGGUAAUGCAAUAUGUGAACACAAGACUCAGCUGUUCAAAGGGUAACGCAAUAUGUGAACACAAGACUCAGCUGUUCAAAGGGUAACGCAAUAUGUGGACACAAGACUCAGCUGUUCAAAGGGUAACGCAAUAUGUGAACACAAGACUCAGCUGUUCAAAGGGUAACACAAUAUGUGGACACAAGACUUAGCUGUUCAAAGGGUAACACAAUAUGUGGACACAAGACUCAGCUGUUCAAAGUGUAACGCAAUAUGUGGACACAAGACUCAGCUGUUCAAAGGGUAAUGCAAUAUGUGGACACAAGACUCAGCUGUUCAAAGUGUAACGCAAUAUGUGGACACAAGACUCAGCUGUUCAAAGUGUAAUGCAAUAUGUGGACACAAGACUCAGCUGUUCAAAGGGUUUACACAAUAUGUGGACACAAGACUUAGCUGUUCAAAGGGUUUACACAAUAUGUGGACACAAGACUCAGCUGUUCAAAGGGUUUACACAAUAUGUGGACACAAGACUCAGCUGUUCAAAGGGUAACGCAAUAUGUGGACACAAGACUCAGCUGUUCAAAGGGUAACGCAAUAUAUGAUAUGUAUCUCUUUUUCUGUACGUUAGGUGUCGUUGAAAUGUUUAUGUCAAAUUCACUUUUAUUAUCUACAGAGAAAAGUAUACGACAUGAAGAACUUGUGCCUCAAAAACUCAUUUUGACCUGUCCAAAGUAAGAAAUGAAAUGUGAUGUUUUAUAAAGUGUGCAAUAAAGUUAAAAUCAAACUUCUUAUUGCAUAUCAUUUUUAAAAUGUUUCUUUGAUUCUAUCUCCAGCGAAAUAACCACUCUUUUCACUUACACCUCAGUGACAAAAUUUUGUUUCCGGCCCUAGUUAUUAUUUUUAUUUCCUUUUUAUAACACUUUAAGAACAUAAAUUUGGCCUAUGAUGUUUUAAACUGUCGUAAGAUCACAACAACCAUUUAUGAGCCUUCUUUUUCUUUACCAGUGGUACAAGUGCCAUGAAUCUGAAAAGCAUGGUCACCCUGAGAGGAGACUGCGUAGAAGGAGCAGUGAGUGUUUUACAUGUUAAAUUUUUACUGUUUACAAAAUUAUUUUCACGGAGCUCGAAUAAAAUAUUUUGACUAUCAUUAAAUUUAAAAAAAAAAAAUUCCUAAUCAUUUAAAGAAAGUGUAAUGUUGGCCCUCCCACUGAGUUGAUGACUCACUUCAGAAGAUUAAUCCAUUGAUUUAGGAAGUCAUCUCCGGGAAUGUAAACCUCAGUCAUAAAUAAAAAGGGCUGCCUUUAUUUCACUCCUGGGAAACCUACAUAUCUGGCCAUCAGUGCAAUAUGAAAAAAGCGCCCUCAAUAGGGCUCAAGGGCUCAAUGCCCCCCCCCCAAACCCACCCCCCUCUUCAAAAUCGGAAUGUCUCUACUUUUAAUUCAUUCUCUCCUUGCCCUCUCAAUGAGCGUGCUCCUACAAAGAAUCUGUCGUUUUUUUGUGUCCACCAAAGAGAGUAAGUACCUCUAUAAAGGCAAGUGUGGUGGAGUGGGCUGUUUUAUCACUGCCAACAAUUCAUCUAAAAACUGUACUAAAAACAUAUCUUUUUAAAUUAUACUACCCUGACUGAUUCCCCUCAUCUGACCGAUAAAUGAUCUUGCUGGCUGCCGUCCAUGGUUUGCCUUGUAAAAGUUAUGUGGUGGGGUGGGUGAAUAUACAUUGCUGUACUUUAUUUCAUAAAUGUAUGUUAUUUUAAUGUGUUGAUUAUGUCUCUUUUGAUAAAAUUUUUAUGUACAGCGCGGUGAGCCCAGCCCUAUGCUGGGGUACCGCGCUAUAUAAGACCUCUUAUUAUUUUUAUUAUUUCAAAAGGAAUUACAGUUCAAGCACAAGCUGGGGAGGGAACAUAAUAUAUUCAAGACAAAGCUUAAAGAUGGAUGUGUGUGGCGGCUACCACAAGUAGGUGUCUGUGAUAUGAAAUUAUGUACCUCUAUCGCAAGUAGAAAAAUUCUUGUUUCUCGGCGGAACUAAAUUUGAUGUAAAAUGACAAUAUCAAUGCUGCUGUUUCAUUUCCAACAUAAAACCAUUUUUAGUGAAGUAAAUUUUCUUUGUACACCAUAUCAAUAUUGUAUUGUUAUGCCUGCACUCUUGAUGAAAAGAAAAUGUACUGAAGAUGAAGGGAUGAUAAGGUUUCUAUGAUAAGGUUUUUAAGAUGUAGGAGAUGAUAAGGUUUUUAAGAUGAAGGUGAUGAUAAGGUUUUAAGAUGUAAGGGAUGAUAAGGUUUCUAAGAUAUUUUGGAUGAUGAGGUUUCUAAGAUAUAGGGGAUGAUAAGGUUUCUCAUUUGUAGUGGAUGACAGACCUGCCAACCCUUCCGAUUUUGUCGGAAUUAUACUUUUUUUGUACCCCUCAUUCUGACCUUCCAACAAACCCCUUAAAAUUCAGAUUUUUCUAACUUUAUAAUUUUUCACCCGUCAUACAAAGCCGAAAGCUACAAAAAAAAAAAAUUAAUAAAAAAUAUCGGGUACGACAGGAAGUGUUGCUUUGUUUUUACGAAGUGUCUACAUGUCCGGCGACCGGAGGAAUAAGUGAAUAAGUUCUCGAGAUAUUCGUCCGGCAUUUAUUUGACCAAAUGACAUGACCACUGUUACAAAGUUUCGCAAUAUAUUUGUCUGUCAGCCUUGUCAUGUGACCGCUAAUUGUCUAUCAGAGUAUACGGUACUUCAUUUCACCAUAUUCAAGAUAGUCUGGGCAUGUAAACGAAAAAGAAAUAUCUUCAAUUCUAAAAAAGAAAUACUAGACCCAAAAAUAAUGAACAAUUGUUUAAAAAGUGACAAUGUUAUUUAUAAAGCGUGGCACGCCCGCCGGAUAAAUAUCUUCCGCCUUUUUUGUCCGGUUGCCUGACGUGUAGACACUGCCUUGUUUUUAUCGAAGCGAACCGUGAUCUUCAAAUCAUUCUUCAAUCAUCAAUUGAUCAGAUUGCGUUUCAUCUGUUUUACAAGGCAAAUAAAUAAUUUCGACUUUUUUUGUUUUUGUUAAAGCUUUUCUUAAUUAAAUGGUUAAAUCUAUUGAAAGUGAUGGGUACAAUGAUAUUAAUAAACAUUGAAGGAAAUAUUUCUCUAGCCAACUCCGAUCGUUUUAAUUUUAAUGCCAGAGUCAAAGAAAUGUUUCAAGAAUUGCAGAAUGCUAGAAGAUUGUAAAGAAAAAUUACAAUGAAACAAGGGCAAGCUUGAAAGUUGAUACUUUUUCUAACUUGCUGGUAACUAAAAUCAAUUGCAAUGCUAACCUUCAGUUGUCUAAAGAGCUGUUGGACAAGUACAAAAAGGCCAAUAGGGAUAUGCUGGGAUACAGAACUCUUACUAAGAGUCUUAGCAGCCUGUCUGUGUGUUAAUAUGUAAAUAAAAUGGAUCUUCUGUUCUGUACUGUAUAUAUCUGUAUAUAAAAAUGUCCAUUAAUGUUUACCUCAUGUUCUGUGGUGUUCAAUGGACCGUUCAAGGACAAUGGAGGUAACUUUAUGUUUCUUUAUUUACUUAAAAAAUGUUUGCGUAUUAGUAUAUAGAUCUUACACCAACCCCCCACGGGGUGCCUUUCCUGGGGGGAGCGGCCCCACUUCCCCCCUGCGUGCAACCCCCCCUACAGAUUUUGUUUUCUUGGCAGGUUGGCAGGUCUGGGAUGAUAAGGUUUCUAAGAUGUUGGGGCUGAUAAGGUUUCUUAUUUGUAGGGGAUGACAAUUGUUAACUUUGUGAAAUGUGUUGCUCUUGGGUGUUUCAGAUUAAAUUAUGUCACAAUUACUUUGUUCAGGUUCGUGAUACUGGAAAUCAUUUGUGCAAUGCACUGGAAAUCGUUUCUAGAAACGAUGCAAGCUACGUGUACAAGUCGGUCAAGGAAGUUUUCCUUGUGAGUAUACAUCUUUUUGUGUUGUUCUCCCUGGUCACUAAAUUUGCUUAAAAAAUCAUUUUACUGUUAGAGUGAAAUUUACAAUAAAAUGGUAGAAAAGUUAGGUAAUUUUUUAAUGAGGAGAGGAAAGUCUUGUGAUGUUCCAGGUAAUGUUACUCUAUGAACAAUAUUCCAGUUAUUGACAUUGCUCUAUGUUUAAAUGUAAAAGAGAUCUUCUUAAAUAACUGAAUAAUCCCCAAUGGCAAGGGAGAUAACUGACAUUUUGUCUAUUUAUAACUUUUGUAAACAUUGUAUGCAGGCAGCUCUCAGUUUCCCAUGCCAAUUAAAACACUCACUGUAACUGUAACCAAGAUCACAAUUUAUGGAUUUUAGUCAUAUAUUUUAUCAGUGUGGUCAUUUUUUUACUUAUUUUAGGUUAGAAUAUUUUCAAUUUUAUUUUAGGUUAGAAUAUUUUAAACUUUAUUUUAGGUUAGAAUAUUUUCAAUUUUAUUUUAGGUUAGAAUAUUUUCAACUUUAUUUUAGGUUAGAAUAUUUUCAAUUUUAUUUUAGGUUAGAAUAUUUUCAACUUUAUUUUAGGUUAGAAUAUUUUCAAUUUUAUUUUAGCUUAGAAUAUUUUCAACUUUAUUUUAGGGUAGAAUAUUUUCAACUUUACGGUAGAUUUGUAGCAUAUAGUUGAGUCAAAUCGUACACAUUUCAUGUUGAAUAUAAUGCCUUUAAAUGUAAGAAUGAUAGCUAAGAAUACACAUAGGAUUGCAUGGACAGCGCAAAUUGUGCAUAUUUAGGAGAUUGGACCCACAAAAGGAACUGAGAUAUAAAACUAAAGUCCUCUUUGAACAAAGCUCGUUUGCAAAUGGAGAGCUGCCAGGAGUUAUGAAAUUAUUCUUUGAUAAGCCGCUGGCAAGUGUUCACAUGGGCGAUAAAUGGAUAUUUUAUUUUUAUAACUAAAUGCAAACUAAACUAGAUGUUUAUCUAUUGUUAUUUACGAGACAGUUACUUGAUGAGUUGAUGGAGAGUCUCAUGAAGUGCAGACAAAGUUUGUCUCUACCGAAACGUAAAUCAAUCAACGAACUUAUGGAAAACCAAAACUUGGUGAGUCAAGUUUUCUUUGUGUUGGCUUCUCUUGCUCUGUUGUCUGCAGGUUUUUUACAAGUUGAUUUCAGGGGUUCAUAACCAGGGUUGCUCACACCCCCGUGUGGGCGUGGGAAGACCCUCCUUUAUUUGCAUUUUAAAAAUUAAAAUAAAAUGGGGCAGCGGGGAUAUUUUAAAAAUCGAGAGGGGUGUGCAGAGCUUAAAAAGGUUGAGAAUCCUUGUACUCAAUAAACUCCCUAGACCUGUGACAAGAUGUUUGUAAACUCUGGAUUUUUGGAAGAUGUAAUGCUGUGAAGCUGUUUUUUUUAUAUGUAUGAUAUCAAACACAGACUAAUCAAGAAAGCUAGAAACAUCACAUAAACUAAACAUCUUUCACUUGAACUAUUUGAAGAAAGAUGUUAUUGUAAAACUAAACAAAUUUUGGAUGAUACAUCGCACUCUCUUCAUCACAGAUACUUAAGAUCGGCCCAUUCGGGAGGAAUUCUUUCUCUCAAGGCGAGGACUGAAAGAUAUAAAAAUUCUUUUGUUCCCCAAUCUGUACGAAUUUACCAGCGUGCUCCUCCUGAAGUCACAAAUCUAAUUGAUCACUAAUUAAGUCCCUGUUAUGAACUUAGGGGGUUCACUGCAAGGCUGUUUUCAACACUAGGGAAACCAUUUUAUCGAGUCUAGAUGUCUUGUGUUUAAAUUGUUAUAAGUUGGAAAAUGUGACUAAAAUAUCUAUUCAUUGAUGUACUGAAAAUGUAUAGUCUGUGUACAAUGUCAUCAAAAAAAAACUUUUCCAGUUGUUUGGAUUAAUAAAAGAAUCUUAUCUAUGUUAUGAGGUUCUUAUUGCAUAGUACGCAGCUGACAUUGUAAAUAUAAGUUAAGGAGUACAAAAAGUAAAAAUUGUUUCAAUUCUUAAGAGUUAAGCUAACAAAAAUGUUGAUGACUUUUAUAACAUUUCAAACAGGAAUAUUUGGAUCUUCAUUUUAUUUGACCCCCAUUUAACCUAAAAGCUAUUAAUACCAUAAUUCUUUUUUUCCCCAGCUGGUUUUUAACCCAGCUUUGCCGAGUGAUAUUGCAAUUUCCUUCUACAUCCACACAUCGAAACUUGUCCUUGCCCUCUACUGCCUUCACCAAAACGGACAGCACAAGCUAGAAAAAGUGGAGAUAACUCAUAGAAUACAGGUAUUUCCUCCUUCUGGUGAUUAAGGCCCAUCUCUUAUAUCAUCUUCUUCCCUUCAUGGUGUUGCACCCUAUACAAUUUAAAGACUUUCCUCUUCAUAGGUAUUUAUGAGCAAGUUUAUCUAACUGAAAACUGUCAUUGUUUCCGGCUUGCUUGGAACUAUCCAAACUUAGUUAAGUUUUCAAUCAGCCAUUAAUAAACAGUAUGAUUUUGUUCCCUUGGCCAUUAAAGAUCAUUAUGACUAAUCUGGGUGCUCUGUACUUUGCUGUGUUUCCAGGUUGAAGCAAUGGUCAAGUGGCUGAACGAAGCCAUCAUCUUUUUCACCCUCUCCUUACAGCAAUGUCAACAACUGAAAGACAAGGUGGGUGACCUCAUUUCAUCUAUAUCAAAUAUGGCUUCUCGGGAGGAAGCGUGAAUUUAAUAAACGUCUUCUCCAAAUAAAAAACAGCUUUUUUUUGUCAACCUCUCACUUCUCCAAAUAAAAACAGCUGUUUUUAUCAUCCUCUCACUUCUCUAUAUAAAAACAGCUGUCCUGUGUCAGCCUUUAAGCUUUAAGUAAGCAUCAUAGUGUCAAAGGAUGACCAUUUUGUUGCACACCACAGCAAUAACUCGUCAACAUAGUCUGGGAACAUAGAUGACUGCAUUCUGCUGAAAGUAAAUUUAGCAAUCUUAGAAGUCUUGGACUAAACAAGUAAAUUGAUGCUUUAGUUAUGUCAUUGCCGGGUACUACAAAUCUGUCACAUUUUAUAAUUUAAUACCUUUUCAGUAGUGGGUAGCUUUGGAGAGAUCCGAUACCUUGCUUUUUUUUUUUUGGUCGCCGUGCAGCUCUUUAAAUCAUUACCUGUUGUUUCUUAACCCUCAAACUGUGGCCGAAAUCGGCCGAUAUUCUGGUUCUGUGCUGUGGCGGCCCAAAAAAUCGGCAGAUUAAAAACACGGUCCGAUAGCAACUUCCAAUCCAAUAUUUAACCGGAAUUAUAGCCGCUUCCUUUUAUUAAUAAUUAAAUCAUCUUCCGGUUCAAGCUGUUUCUUGAUAACUUAAAAAUAAAUGCUUUUUAAUCAAAUUUUUAUAAUGCUGUUUUUUUUAAAGCUAAAAUGGUUGAAGCCAUGGCUGGGCCUUCAGUGUGAGAACUAAUAGAAAUAUUUUUGAAAGCGUUUUAGGAGAGAAUUUAAGUGAUACUGAUGAUGAUUUUAACAUUCCCCAUGACGAUAUCAGUUGAGAUUAUUCUUCUCGUAAAUCUUAUACUAGUCUUUGUGAUACUGAAGUAGGCCUACUGAGGCUACUGUUAGACUUCGAGCCAGGCCCGGAGGUUGGGCAAGGACUGACUGAAUUUUAGUCACAGAGGCUACAAAUUAUAGAUCAGAACUAAUAAAUUUUAUAGUUAAACAACCCAAAUCAGUUCAAAAGUUCCUUUUUAAAUGUUUACUAGUCAAUAAUAACUAUUUUGCCUGAGAUUUUGUACUUGGUUUUAGUUUUAGCAGUGGUCCCAGUUUCUUAUAUAAAUGACUAAAAUUACUAAAAUUGUUUUCAGAGGUUUAAUUGCAAUCAAAACCUUAACCAAAUAUACAUUUUCUUAAAGAAAAAUGAAUUGGCUACAACAUUUAGAUUGUGUUUUAAGUUUAUCUAUACAAAUUAAUGAUGUUAUGAGCACUUGAAAGCAAGACAUUUUGUUGAUUUUUUUUUCUUGAGAACUCCAAGGUUAAGGACACUAGGCAAAGUUUGUUUACAUGGUGGGCAAUAUGGCCAACUUUAUCCCCAUCCAUUUACCUUUCUAAAAAUAUAUUCUUCUGGAGUCUUCAAUCAAUAUUUCUAUGUCAUUUAAUGCAAUUUCAAAUGGCACCCAAAAAGCUCUGAAAAGCUCCCACACCACAGAAUGAUGCAUGCCACAGUUCGAGGGUUAAACCUGUCAUAGCCAUAAAAAAAUUACCUUCAGCACCAAGUAAAGGGAAAUAAUGCCAUCUUGAUCAUAAGCAUGUAUUAAAAAAUUACCUUCAGCUCCAAGUAAAGGGAAAUAACCCCAUUUCGACCAUAAUCACAUAAUUAGUUGCUGGCUUAAAAAUUUAUUUUGCUGAUAGUUAUAGAAGAAAUGUGAAAUUUUAAUUGAAUAAGUCUACAUUAGGACCAGUUCCACCUGCAAUUUCUUGAAAGUCAGGUGAAGACAUAUGGUCAGACCAAUCAGAUCUGUUAACAUCGUCUUCAUCUUCUGAUCCUUCUUGGGCAUCAAGAUGUUUAGUUCAUUAUUACUUUUCUUUCCACUAUCUUAUUUCUUGACCUAUUUCUGCAUCAGUUUCAUUACUUUCAACAUUUGCAGUUUGAAGCGAUUCUGGAAAGGCAAACACCAUAAAGUGUAGGACUAUUGUCAAUAAAACAAUAUUUAAAAAAAAAAUCAUAAGGAGGUUAAAGUCAAGCCCACAGGCACCAAACACAAACAAAACAAGAGAUGAAUACUUCCUGUUCACAAAUAGGCCUUUUGUAACUGCUUACUUGAGGAGAUACCAUCACUAGGCAAUGUUGAAAAUGGUGUAUUGUUAAUGGCGGGAUUAAUCAUAACGGGACAGAGGUGUAAAGGCCUGAAGGCCAUAAAGCCACUGGAAUGGUUAAUUUCUUUAUGCAAGUCAUCAGACUAAUAGGCCUGUAGUGUUCCAGUAAGACUAGUAUUUAACAAUCUCUAUGACAUGUGUACUUUUUUCUACCUGGCCCUUUUAUAUGUUGUAGGCCUUACAUUAAUUUCCUAAGUAAAUUCUCUUUUUUUCCCCACCAGUUGAUGGCAGUCUCACAGAUUCUAGAAGAUCCUUGACCUUCUGUUGACCUCUUCCCAUUCAUUGUGUUAGAGAUUAAAGUAGAACCUUAUUAACAAUUCAUUUAGCAUAUUAUCAAAUAAAGGAACUUUUUCUUAGCCAAUGGAAUAGGUAGGUCACAUAAGUGUGAAUUGUGUUGGGAAAUUUGAUGUGAGUUGGCAAGUAAGUGUACGAACAUGUGUGGACAUAUUUUUAUAUAAUUCAUCCAGGGUAGAAAAUAACUGAAAUGCAAUCACUGCAACCCUUGACUGAAAUAAUGAGAUCCACUGUUCAGUUUGAUCAUUAUUUGAAUGAAUAUUUCAUUGAAUUGUUGAUAUGAGGCCUUUAAAAGAAUUAACAAGGACUGUAUGCCAUUGUUUACAUUGUAAAAAUAUUUGACAGUUUCAGCGUAAGUGUACAUUGUUGGAAAUGGGUUUUAUCAUCUGUAGCCUUCUUGUACAUUUAAUUAAACAAUUUUUUGUUUGAAAAGUAUAAAUGUUUGAGAUUGUAUGUGCAGUGCAGUGUUACAAAAGCAUAAAUGUUUGAGCUCGUAUGUACAGUGCAGUGUUACAAAAGCAUAAUUGUUUGAACUUGUAUGUGCACUGCAGUGUUACAAAAGCAUAAUUGUUUGAGCUUGUAUGUGCACUGCAGUGUUAUGAAAGCAUAAUUAUUUGAGCUUGUAUGUGCACUGCAGUGUUAUGAAAGCAUAAUUAUUUGAGCUUGUAUGGGCACUGCAGUGCUACACAAGGAAGAACUGUGAUGUGACUUGAGUUUUUUGCCUGCCUUCAUUUUUCAUACAGAAUCUUAAUAACUGUUAACAAAAUCAUUUAUCUACUGCGACACAGGGUACAGCAUAGUACAAUAUUUUUAAAAAUCUCAGUUGAACUAGGUCUCAAAGACUUCAUUAAACCAGGUCUAAAAGGCAUAAUUUUGGCCAGGUCUCAUAUUAAUCAGUUGAACUGGGUCAAAAAGCCUCAACUUUGCUAGGUCCACAAGGAUUAAUUUUAGCCAGAUUUAAAAGACUCAGUUUAGCCAGAUUUAAAAGACUCAGUUUAGCCAAGUCUAAAAGACCAAGUUGAACCAGAUCUGUUAACAACAUGCAGCAUCUUUGUAAACAUGAGUUUUCCCUGUGCUAAACAAAUCUGUGUUGAUCCUGUAAGAAUGUCGCAGCAGGCAUUGUACAAAAAGCAUAAUUCACAGGUUUAAGAUAACAAUCAAAUGGAAUACUUCUAUAAAAAGGACGAACAUCUAGUUAUCCUUUAAUAUAUUGGUUUUAAACUGUCGCUGCUUUUCUUUUACGAGGUUUCUGUAAUAUGCAAAUGAAAAAAAAAAAGACUAUGGCAGAAUAUUGGAUAUGAAUUGAUUUUUUAUUUAAAAAAUUGUUAAAGUUGUUCAUGUUUUCUAAAAAGUUCAAUUUUUGUCAUUUUUAGGUAAAAGUAGUUUUUGUUGAACAAAACAUGCAGGGCGAACAAAAUAUGCCUUUUUCCAUGCCAGAAAAGUCUUGAAACUUUAAAGAAUUUUUUUUCCUUGUACUGUGUCCAAUUUUUUUUAGUGUUUGCACAAUGUGUAAUUAACUGAGUCCAUGUUUAUGCUGCCUGUCAGCUGUGUUUACUGAGUCCAUGUUUGUGCUGCCUGUCAGCUGUGUUUAAUGAGUGCAUGUCUGUGCUGUCUGUCAGCUGUGUUUCAAUGAGUGCAUGUUUGUGCUGUCAGCUGAGUUUACUGAGUCCAUGUUUGUGCUGUCUGUCAGCUGUGUUUACUGAGUUCAUGUUUGUGCUGUCUGUCAGCUGUGUUUACUGAGUCCAUGUUUCUGCUGUCUGUCAGCUGUGUUUACUGAGUCCAUGUUUGUGCUGUCUGUCAGCUGUGUUUUAAUGAGUGAAGUUUGUGCUGUCUGUCAGCUGUGUUUUAAUGAGUGAAGUUUGUGCUGUCUGUCAGCUGUGUUUACUGAGUUCAUGUUUGUGCUGUCAGUCAGCUGUGUUUUAAUGAGUGCAUGUUUGUGAGCUGUGUUUCAAUGAGUGCAUGUUUGUGCUGUCAGCUGUGUUUACUGAGUCCAUGUUUGUGCUGUCUGUCAGCUGUGUUUACUGAGUUCAUGUUUGUGCUGUCUGUCAGCUGUGUUUUAAUGAGUGAAGUUUGUGCUGUCUUUCAGCUGUGUUUUAAUGAGUGAAGUUUGUGCUGUCUGUCAGCUGUGUUUACUGAGUUCAUGUUUGUGCUGUCUGUCAGCUGUGUUUACUGAGUCCAUGUUUGUGCUGUCUGUCAGCUGUGUUUUAAUGAGUGAAGUUUGUGCUGUCUGUCAGCUGUGAUUACUGAGUCCAUGUUUGUGCUGUCUGUCAGCUGUGUUUUAAUGAGUGCAUGUUUGUGCUGUGUGUCAGCUGUGUUUUAAUGAGUGCAUGUUUGUGCUGUCUGUCAGCUGUGCCUUAAAGUUGGGAUCACCAAGAGUUACAUAUUCAAUGUCUAUCAUCUUUGUAACAUAUCAGAAUACAUGGAAUGAAUCUUAACAUUGAGUGGGCGUUGUUUUCAUGUAUUGGUUACCAGGGGAUAUACAUGAGGUGAAGGAUGUUGACCACUGCCCCUUUCCUUGCCCCCUGCCACACCCACCUUGUGAUUGUUUUUAUGCAUUGGUUACCAGGGGAUAUACAUGAGAUGAUGGAUGUUGACCACUCCCCCUUUCUUUGCCCCCUGCCACACCCACCUUGUGAUUGUUUUCAUGUAUUGGUUACCAGGGAAUAUACAUGAGAUGAAGGAUGUUGACCACUCCCCCUUUCCUUGCCCCUGCCACACCCACCUUGUGGUGACAGUUAAUUAUGUUUGUUAAAUAAAUGCUAUAAUUUCAUCUAUCUGUGUUGAGACCAUGAAAUUGUGAUGUGGGAGGAAGUGUUUGUGAUGGAACACAAACACAUGAGUUCUCAGUUUGUGAUCUUGGUAUUUCCCGAGUUCAUUUAUUUUGGAUUGCAACCAUUCACAAUUCGAUUUUUCUAACAAGUGUAUUUUUUGUGUAUUAUUGAAUUAUGUUUAAAUUAUUAUGUUUAUAAAUUCUCAUUAGCUUGUAGUUAAAGAAACAAAAAUCGCUUUAUUCGUUUAAUCAAAAUCUGUUUAUUUAUUUCCCCCGGGGGGUGAGGCAUUAGUUCCACCCACCCCAACUUUCACCUGGACAUUCUUACAUAGAACUAUGCUCAAUAUAUUGACAAAUCAGUUA